AGAGAAGAGCGGGGCAGAGCCGCCGGUUGCUGGCUCUAUGCUGCCCGCCCCGGCGCCAGGAGCCCGCCCCGGGGGGAUGCUGGUGCUGGGAUUGCGGCUGGGAUAACCCCCGCCGCCUGCUGCCGCUGCCCGGUCCGGACGGAGGAUGCUGCCCGGGUCGCGGGGGACUCUGACCAGGGGACCAGCCGCGGCGUCCUCUCCUCCGGCUCCGAGCGCUCGUGCUGCCCCUGGGGCAGCCGCCUCCGCCGGGGCGCGAUGACUUCAAAGCACCAGGCGGACUGGAUCCCGUACAGUGUUUUAGAUGAUGAAGGCAGCAAUCUGCGUCAACAGAAGCUUGACAGACAGCGAGCAUUGCUAGAACAGAAGCAGAAAAAAAAACGCCAGGAGCCACUGAUGGUUCAGUCCAAUGUAGACAGCCGCACAAGAACGCGCAGAAUGAAACAUUCAGAGGAACAAGCGCCAUUGGUUGAAUCGUAUCUUAACAGCAACAGCAGCACCAUUUUUCAUGCAGUUCAGGAGGCCGAGCAGGAAGAUAUAAAGGUGGUAGCAGAUGCUCAAGCUCCAAAAUCGACUAAAAAAACCAAGGCAGCAGCUGCAAGCUGUCAAACUGGCAGCACGAGAAAGGAGAAAAAGGGGAAACACAAAGGAAUUGAUGGCCCUGCUGCAUUUCAAGAUGACAUUCAGGAGGUAGGAAGCCAAAUUCAGAUUCUUACAGUUGGGCAGUCUAGCCACAAUGAAGAUGAUGGAGAGACAAUGGCUAGUAGCCAACAAAGCAGGCAGGACCUUAGAGUAACAAUGCAGAAAAAGGAUCCCCACGCAAAUACAUCCUGGUCCACUUCCACCUCCCAAUCCAGUCUUGUGGCCCUGGAUCAUGUUCCAGGCAUUUCAAGCAGCAUGAAUUUUGAUGAAGAGGAUGAGGAUGAUGAAGACAGCUCAAGUUCUUCCCAGUUAAACAGUAACACCCGACCUGGCUCUGCAACCAGCAAGAAAUCAAACAAGGAGGCAGCCUCAGCUCCCAGCCCUUCCACAAAUGAGCCUGUCAUAGAUGUUGAUGACCUGGAGGAGUUUGCUGUGAGACCUGCUCCGCAGGGCGUCACCGUCAAAUGCCGAAUCACAAGAGACAAGAAGGGAAUGGACCGAGGAAUGUACCCUACCUAUUACCUCCACUUGGAAAGGGAGGAUGGUAAAAAGGUAUUUCUAUUAGCUGGAAGGAAGCGAAAGAAGAGCAAAACCUCUAAUUACCUCAUCUCUAUAGACCCAACUGACCUGUCUCGAGGCGGAGAGAGUUUCAUUGGAAAACUAAGAUCAAAUCUUAUGGGGACUAAGUUUACAGUAUAUGACAACGGAGUAAAUCCAAUGAAAACAACAUCAAGCCUAGAAGCAAGUAACCUGCGUCAGGAGCUAGCUGCUAUUUGCUAUGAAACAAAUGUCUUGGGAUUUAAAGGACCUCGCAAAAUGAGUGUAGUCAUACCAGGAAUGAAUAUGGACCAUGAAAGAGUUUCUAUCCGACCACGUAAUGAACAUGAAACGCUUCUUGCAAGAUGGCAAAACAAAAAUACAGAGAGCAUCAUUGAGCUGCAUAACAAAACUCCGGUCUGGAAUGAUGACACCCAGUCCUAUGUUCUAAAUUUCCAUGGUCGAGUCACACAGGCCUCCGUGAAAAACUUCCAAAUUAUUCACGAUAAUGAUCCUGACUAUAUAGUGAUGCAGUUUGGCCGUGUGGCUGAGGAUGUAUUCACCAUGGACUACAACUACCCAAUGUGUGCACUACAGGCCUUUGCUAUUGCCCUCUCCAGUUUUGACAGCAAAUUGGCUUGUGAGUAAACAGGAAUGGUAGAGUCUCCACACAGCUGAGCAGUAUGCCACAAGGGAAAACAACAUGAUUCCAGAUACUCACUGGUAUCAUUUAUGGUUCAUACAAACCAGGCCAGGUAAAAUUCAUUUUUGGAAGGACCACCAUAUUGCUGGGGAGAAAAUAAUUGGAAUCUUUUAAACAUUCAGGACAUUCAGGAAAUAUUGUUUUAUCUGUUAUAUAUUUUUCUGGAAGUGGCAUCAAGUUUCUGUAAAUAAAAGUCCAGUCUGAUAGUCUUAGCUAUGUUAUGGAGAGAUGCCAUGAUGUACUGUACCAUGGCUCAAAUAACACCAUUCCUAGUGGUGUCUCUUUUCUAAAUCUAUGAAACCUAUCUUAAAAAAAAAAAAAGUCUGUUUUUAUGUUAAGAAGUAUUCAGAGGCUGUACUCAGACCUCAAGAUUGUGUUGAAUACUUUGAACGUCACAUCACCCAACACAGAAGAAACGAUCACCAAAAAAAGAUGCACUUUUUGAAUGGACGAGGAUCUCGUGUAAUAUAAAACCAAGUCUGAGGGUGAAAGGCCUAUCUAUAUUGGACUGAACUUGAUUUGUUGCUAUUAUUUAUGUGGAGGAUCAGAGUGAGUUUUAAUUAUAGUAGGAGAAAAAGGAGAAGUAGACAGCACAAAAUAAUGUUGCACAAGUCACUUGAAUUCUAAGGUGUCUUUUUUUUAUGUUUUAACAUCUAUUUGCUUUUAAGUUCUGUUUCAAAUGAAAACUUAUUGGAAUUCUAGAAAGGGAAAAAAUCUGAAUGCCAGCAUUUUGGCAUGCUGGGUCUUGGGAAUUGUAUCCUUAUAUAUCCCUAUAUCAAUUCAGAUACAUAUUUUGUGUCAAGUGAUAUAAAUAUUUGGAUAAAGAUCUCUUCACAGAGCUGCAUCAUUAUUUUAAGCCAGUUGUGUGAAUGAUGAAGGAAAGUAGUAGAAAUAAUAUAUUAAAUUAGUCUGGCCUUUUGUGAUUUAAAUUUUGGAUAUUGAGUUUUGUCAAAUCUGCAGUAACAAUUUUCAUAUUAAUUUCUCAUUAUAAAAGUGCUUGAAAUCUAUUGAAAUCUAUUUUACAUUAUAAUGUAAAAGUGCCAGCUACUGAGCUAAAUUCUUCUCGGCAAAUAUAGUGUACAUUACAGACAAAUUAGAUUCAUUCAGGACAUACAAAUAGCUUAAAAAAGGAUUUUCUUUUGUUUCAUCUUUUCUGAUAGGAUAUAUAAAUAAAUAUCAUUUCAAAAUACAAGCUGUCCACUCAGCUUUCUCGCAUUGUAAACAUCUCAAAAGUCAUCAAGGAAAGACUUUAACUAUGAGAAAUGCAUAAAACCCCUUUUAAAAAUAAUAGAGAUCCUGAGUCUUACUUCUAUUUUCCCUUACAAUAAUAUUCCCAAACUAACACAACAGUUUAUCAGAAGAGCUUUAAAUAUUGGAGUAACAUUUUAUACUGUGCUUAUAAAAAACCCCUUUUUUAUCCUUAAGAGCAUAUCUAGUUUAUAUAAUGAGAAAAUGAGAUCAGAUCUGCUUGUCUCAUAGCUUCCAGUCCCUGUGUGACCGUAGGGGACAGGCCAUUAGGACAGGUGGUGCCAUUUGGACUGUAUGAUUUCAACUAAUAAGAGAAAUAUGUUUUAUUCUGUGCCUCUGCCUCCAGGUCUCAUUACAGAUAUAGGGACAAAGGAAUUUCAGUGGACAGAUGUGCUUGCAGUUGGAUUGUUGUUGCUUAAUUUACAGCUUUAUAUGAAAGUCUGUUUUAAAUAGAAUAAACCCAUUUUAAAUCCCAUUGAAGUCAAUGAAGAGAAGCCUCCUGGCUUUGAUAGGGGUUUGUUCACCCCUGGCCCAACCUAUUGAAUGUGUUCUAAACAAUAGCAGAGACUGCCCUUCAUCUUCAGUCUUUUCACAAAAGAAAUAUUUUCUUCCUGUAGUAUAAAAUAAGAAAGAUAUCUCCUGAUCUGAGAUAAAGGAGCAGUGAGUUCCUUCAAUGAAUGAUAAAAAUGGUAAUCAACCAGGAUUUGCAGUUUUCAUUACUCAGCACUUUGCUAGUAUGAGACCCCAGCAAAUGGGUGUGUUCUCCUCUCUGUCGACUGUUGUGUUCUUGCACCACAUCUGAGGCACUCUCUCAGCCCCUGUCCACUAUCUGAUUUUAAAUUUUAACAAACAAAUAAAUGGCAUUCAUGUUAUUGUUUGACAACUUCUAAGCUUACUCAGUGCUUCUAGGACUAGCUAGAGUUUUGGUUCAGCCCACUGCAAAGAUAGAUACAAUUUGUUGAACUUGGAUCUGGUCUCAAUUCCAAGGUGUAGAAGGUGUUGGAAUCUGUGGGUUUGAUUCUGGCCAUCUCCAAUGAUAAUUAUAUGCCUAGAAAAUGGCAUGUGGCAUCGCCACAUACUUCUAUCUCCUUGCAAAAUCCACUCAAAUGAACGGAAUGUCUUAGUCUAUUUUCUUUUAAUUGGGUGGGAAGAUAGCCUGUAAGUUACACUGGAAAGAAUAUUGACUACAGUCUUCCUAAUGUUACUUCACAGUACCGUAAAACAGUACUAGCUAAGUAACUGUAAAGGGAAAUUAUCUUUACAGUAGUCACUAGAAAAUGAAUACCUUUGUAUAAAGAAGGAUCUUUGUCACCCAGAGCACCCCACACCAAUAAAGAGAAUAGAAGACGUAACAAAAAUUCUGAGACAACUGACUCAGCAAGAAACACCAACUAUGAGUAUCAUCACCCCAACCUUUGUGAUUAGGAUUUUCAAAGGCAUCUACAGGAAUGAGAUGCCCAAAUCUCACUUAAAAUCCCAUGGCAUUUUUGCAAGAGUUCACUAUGGUGUCCUUACCCUUGCCUGAUGAUUGUAAAGCAAGAUGCUGUGUUCUGUUCAAGCACCUGGCUACUAUCUUUUGCCCCAGAUGUGGCCACAUUUCAGUGGUGACAUAUCUAUUUUGUGAAAUGUGUGGGACAUUUCCAGAUGAAAGACAUUACUACAUAUGAAUAUUUUUAGGUUCUAAUUCCUCUCUCCCCCAAUCUUUCAUUCUUGCCAUCCUGUUAAGCAUACAGAUUCUUCCUAAACAAAGCACAAUAUAUGGAAUUGCAUAGGCCCCAAGAAAAUAGAUUGUGCCUUGCACAAUAAAAAUGCAUUUUGUAAAUAUUUUCAAAGAUAUCUGCUUUCCCAAAUAACCUGUUCGACAGGUCUCCCAAUUAGACUUGCUGGUAAAAGAGUACUAGCACCGAUAUCUUCCGGAAUUCCUUCAUAUCAACAUUUAACAGCACAUAAACCUUGUCCUUUCAGUAUCACAAAUAAGAAUAAUAAGAACAAUAUCAGGUCGUAUAGUUCCCCUACAAUGUCCCAGUGAGAAUUUGGUUAGAAUUGACUUCAUAAUGUUUUAGCUGUAAGUACUCAUGAUUUAAUCUUGCUUAUGGUAUUAAUUUUGACAGGGAGUCAUAAAGAAACUGUGUCUGAAUUGCUUAUAGGCUAAUAUCCUUCUCUUUUAUGUGACUUCUUAAUUUAACUUGUCACUUAACAACUAGAUUGUUGACAGCAAAUCAUUUCUUCCUGGACUCUAUCUAAUUUUCUUUAUCUCUGAAGCUCUUCUACUGCUGGUCCGCCUCCUCUCUCCAAGCCCAUUAUCUUUUAUUCUAAGAUGUAUAAGCCAAAUGUGGUUGUUCUGGCAAUAUCAUUCAGUGAAUCAGCUGAAUAGCGCCAUCAGGUGCGCAUCCAAUAGUGCCCCCACAAUGAGGAGCUUUUUGGGGCUGAAUUUGGCCCUUUGGCUUUACAGUGAAGUAAAUUAACACAUUGAGAGGCAAGCGGAUACAAAGAGCUUGUCAGAAAUAUAAUCAGCAUUUCAAUGAUUUUAGGAAACCUAGUAAUAGCAGUUUCCAAGCCAGUGGCAAAUCAGUGGGCAACACUGUCCGGAAGCCUGGAGUUUCUGUUAUGAAAAUUCUCUUUGUAGGGUUUUCUUAUUUGUCCUUUUGGUAAGGGUGAAAGUGAUUCUAAAAAAUGCAACAUGUCAGUGCUGCUAAACAGAGUCCACAUCUGAGAAGCUAACCAUCUUCCCACUCCAAGGGAAGGAAUGUCACUUAGAAAAAAAGAGGUUGGGUAAAGCUUCAUCGCACGGUAGUAAUAACUAGGCCUUUAUUAUGAAUCCACUUAAGUGUCUGUCCAGUUUAUUUCUGUGUUUAUUUUUCACGUUAUCUUACAAUAGUAUUGAUAUCUCCAGACCAUUGUGAUUGCAUAGCACCAUAAAGGAGCACUGUUCUCACUCUAGAAAUACAUUUCUACAUACGCUCUAGAAGGGGGCCCAGAAUAAAAUCCUGUAUCUCAACACCCCAAACUGUAAGAGGGCCUGGAAUCUUAUCAGGGCUCUGGAGCCAAAUUAAUGCUGACCAUUGUUUGUAUAGUGCUGAACCAAAGCCCUGGAUGCAAAGCUUCUGGCCCAUCUCUAGCUUUUGAUGAAGGAAUUUUCAGAGAACUGUAACCAGCCAUAGACAUUAUUAGGGUGACCAGGUAGCAACUGUGAAAAAACAAGACAGGGAGUGGGGGGUAAUAGGCACCUAUAUAAGAAAAAGUCCCCAAAAAACAGGACUGUCCCUAUAAAAACAGGACAUCUGGUCACCCUACAUUAUGAGUGAGAUUUUCAAAAGCUCUCAGCAUUGUACCCCAAUGAAAAAUCCCACUCUGUAUGUUCACUGCCAGCUGAAGAGAAUGUGAUCAGUUCAGUCCAGGGGUACAGUGAACUUUACUUCAAUAGGUCCAGUGUGACCUCUUGCAUCUUAGCAACUUUUCAUAGCAUUAAUUUGUUUGUUUUGCAGUAGUGACCCACUGAAUAGAGACAGUGUAGGAGACAAUCCUUGCCCUGCAGAUUGGUACCAGUAGAUUUAGUCUUUGAUGAUAGAACAGGAUAGGAUAGGUUUCAGAGUAGCAGCCGUGUUAGUCUGUAUCCACAAAAAGAAAAGGAGUACUUGUGGCACCUUAGAGACUGACCAGUGAGCUGUAGCUCACGAAAGCUUAUGCUCAAAUAAAUUGGUAAGUCUCUAAGGUGCCACAAGUACUCCUUUUCUUUUUUCAGGAUAGAAUAGUCUUUCUUCCUGAUCCUGCAGAGAGCUGAUGGACUCUUACACCUAAGCAGUGCCACUUGUAUUUAGUGGGUACUCAGAGAUACAGAGUUUUGGUUUGAAGUCAAUGGAUCUCUGCAUAGCAUAAGAGUUGCCUCUACUAACCUUUUGCAGAACAGGAACCUGAAGCUGUCAAUUUCUAAACUGGCUGAAAACACGUGAUUUUUGACUCAGUAAGAAAACACAUGUACAAUUUGUACUGAAGUAGGCUCUUGCCUGUAAAAUACCUCUUCAGAUAAAUCUGGUUACCACAUUUAGUAGAAUGGCACACGGUGGCUGCCCUUAUUAGAAGUAUGGGUUGAUUCUCAAAUUUCUUGUCAAAUCUCCAUAAAGGACAUGUUUGUGGUUAUUGGAAAAACAUUGCUCUCCAUUCUCAUAUAAACCUCAGUUUGGCCUUAGAUCUUUCUGCAGAUGAAGACUAUACAUGUCACUACACACCACUGAUUUUCCCCUAGCUAAUCACACGUGACCUCAGACUCCUCCAAUGCAUACUGCUCUGUGAAAAUACAGUCCUUCCGUUUGCUUAUGCCCCUACUAAACUCCCUUUUACAUUUUCUAAUGAGUAGCCACCUAAAAUUGUUUUGUUGCUUUUUUAGUGUUUGCUUUGAUAUUACAGCUGGCUGAUGAGGAAAAAAAGAUUUGUGAAAAUACUUUCCAUUUUGUUUUUGUUUUUCAGAAAUUUCAAAAUAUUUUGCUCUGAGUACGCUGAACUCAAGCUCAGUAGCUGACACUCAGAAAUACAUUUGGGUUGGAAGAAAUUGCAUUAAUACUUUUUUAAAUGUAUUUUAUUUAACUGCCAAGAGGGUAUAAAUAAUUCUUUUUAGAUAGGUGCAUGUUUGUCAGAACCCUUACUAAGACGACUUGAACUACACAAGCUUUCUUGAAAGCCUGUUUAUUAGGUACAGUGUACUGGUUUUGUCAGAUUGCUUUAUGUACAUGAUGCACUUAAGAAAAGUUUAGUUAAAUUGUUGAGGAAAACUUUCUACGUGCUUUAUAAUUUGGUUGGCCAGUAACUGUUCUAACAAUUGCCACACAAUGAGUAUGUUUUAUGUAAAACUACAGUAGCACUUUAAAAAAACAAACAAAAAACACUUACAAAACCUUGCCUAUACAUAAAUAGGAAUUUUUUUAAAGCCCUGCUUGAAGGUCUGACCCCAGAGAUCCUCAGAAUAACAACAGGCUAUGUUGCAUAUGUUUGUUGAUGCACACCAUUUGGAAAAAGUACCCCUAAAAGACACAAUCUGUAUUAAAAUUGGCCUAAAGUUGAAGCAUUAUCUAGUAGUUAGAGCACAUGACUGGAAAGGAGGAGGACCUGGAUUUUAGUCCCAUGCUGACUCACUGUGUGUCUUCGGGCAAGUCACAUAACCACUUUGUGCCUCAGCUUCCCCAUGUGUCAAAUGGUGAUCAUUAUCAUCAGACCAUCUUCCCAGUUCUAUUUUGAGGCUUAAUCAGUUGAAUGCUUUGAGACCCUUGGAUAGCAGAUACUAUUUAUGUGUUAAGUCUUACAUUUCAGUUGAUAUUGCUGGAAACAUAAAAGUGUGAAUUAUUAUUUGUUACCUGGGCAAUUUAGUGAAACUUACUAGCUAAUGAAAUUGUUGGGUAAAAUCCUUGCCCCAUUAGAAUCAACGGGAGUUUUGUCACUGAUUUCAGCAAGGCCCAGGCUUUCACCCUCAAUGUACCCCUGAUUAUCAAAUGAGCAGAAAAACACUGUGUCAGAGAUAUUGGGCAAACAAUGUGAUACUGUUUUCCUUUUUCCAAAGUGAUGUAUAGCUGUAUUUUAGUGUACAUUUAUAAGUCGUCAUAAAACCAGCAUUCCUGAACGUAUUCCAUUGACUCUUUUAAUCCUGUUGCCUGGUUGUCCUUCCUUCAUGUUGAAAAUCAGGCACUUACAAUUUGGGCGGCACAGUGUCUUUUGCAUAAUUUUUCUAUGAAUCAGCCGUUAAUAACUGGCAUGGUGCAUGUCUGCUUUAAAACCAGUGGGCCUGAUAUGAACUAUGACUGACCUCUUCCAACACAACUUGCUUCUGACAUAGGAACCUGUAAAUGCUGCUUCUCCCUUUUAGUGAUCCUUACUCAGGACUGUGCAACUCAUUUAGGAAUGUCACAAGUAACACUAAAUUGUAAAACAAACUUUCUCAGAAAAACAGAAUGAGAAUGGUAAAUCAUAUUUACUUUUUAGUGUUAAGACCUGGUUGAUCAUGAAUAUUUGUGCAUAUGAUGAAAUCCUAAGGAAAUUACUUGUUCAGAAUUUCUGUUUAGAAGCUUCUCUUGAGGUUUGGAUCUCAUUUAAGUUAUUCAGAAAAACAUUAAGGCCCUGAUCCUACAACUGGCCCUGUAUCAGUAGGCCCCUGUACCCAGACAUAACCCCAUUAACUUUGGCCACAGCAGCGUGCCAGUGUGAAGGCAGUUGCAGGAUCAGGAACAAAAACUUAAAGACUGGGAGUUUCAUAAUGGCCUAAGGGAGUCAGGAGCCAAAGUUCCAAUAGGAUUUGGGCUCCUAACUUCCUUAGGCACUUUUGAACUUUUCCCUCCAAACCACUUACUAAAAUCACUGUAUUAACUGCUAACAAAUGCACAACUGCAUGAUCUUCUUAGUCCCAUUUGAUUCUUCAGGCUAUUCUGCACUGUCUCAGAUACUGAUACUGUCGCUUUAUACUACGUUUGGCCUUGAGCCAUGGGAAAAUCCCUUCAUUUGACCAAUCAUUUUUGUAAUGCAGAAUACCCCAAAACGUAAGAAAUGUGAAUGGAUUUUUGUUAAUAGUUCUGCUUUAGGGACUGUCUACCGUAGAAAAGUAACAGUUGAAACAUGUUUGUCAGACAUGGCUAUGGCCAACCCACCUUACAAGAGGAUUGUUUCUUCCCAGUAUGGAGUGGAUAAAAGACAUCCUAAGGCUUGACAUUGGCCAAAAGCCUGUUCCCUAAUAUACAAAGGAUUUCCUGUCCACCCUAGAAAGAAGAAAUCCUAUUAUAAUAUAGUUUAGCCUCAGAUGUCUCUAAACAUGGUUAUUUUUCUAGCACAGAGGAUGGCCUUACUUGAAGCGUUCCCACAGAAAAAGAUAGGGCCCAGAUAAAGCUGUGAUUUCUGUGUAGCUAUAGAUACACUACCUUGGUCCUACUGAGAGAGAGCUGCCUUUGCCAGCAGCUUUCUUUGCCAAUCUGUGGAGAUGCAUUUUGGAUGGUAGUCAGUAGCUGUCUUAGGGUUAUCCUAGUGGAGUUACUAUGACAAACCUCUGAUUUUUCUCCACCAUAUAGGCUCAAUAUUUUGAUGCGCUGUCACUUCCUUGGUUCUGGACAUCAGUAUUGUCCAAUGCCAGAUGCAGAGGGGUUAGUAGUAGAUCAGAAAAAUGCAACAUUUUCAUGAAGAAAAGAAUGCAAUUUCCACUACAUUUCUUCUGGACCUCCGUCCACCCGCACAUUUUUGACCGGCUCUAGUUUGGAGUCUGAGUGGUUGGCAUUAGGAAAAAAAUGUCUCAUUUAAACCAAAACAGGGAUUUAUAGACUUUAUCACAAGGGCUUACCACCUGCCUGACUGAUAACUCCUACUUGCCGGCAGUCCCAUUGCUAGCAGUGGGAUGCACUCCAAGAAAUGUGAACCCUGAUAUCCAGGAAUCACUUUGGCAAAUCUUUAACUACAUGACAGGUUUGGAAACUCAUCUGAUCAUACUCUUCUUUCACUGAAAAUUUCCUUUUGUUAUGUUUCUUGCAAUAGUGUUCCAUAUAUUUUAGGGUCAGUUUAUGUUGUUAGGCCAAUAAAUAUCAAAGCUCCUAAACAAACAUCUAUAAAAUAACACUAUGUAGCAGUUCAUAAGGACUGUACAAGUUAGCUAGUAAAACAUCCCCAUGAGUGGUGGGAUAAUAUUAUUGUCCUCUUAUUGUUUUUAGGCUGUCUGAGAUGCUGACAGGUUAAAUGACUCACACUCGGGCAAACAGCAAGUCAUUAACGGAAACUGGAACUAGAACUCCAGAGAUCUUGGUCCCAGAUCUGUGCUCUAAUGGUUGAAGUACAGGUGAUUCAUUUCUGGGUGGAGGUACUCAGUUUUCAGCUCACACUGAUAGCACUAACCUCUUUCGCUUUUACACUGAAUAUUAGGAAAUCACAACUCCAUCAGUUCUAAGAUUUCUCACCAGGAAAUUGAAAAUCGUACCAAAAAUCCAGCUUCAAAUCAUUUAAUCCCAUAAACCCUGCUUCUGCCGUGGCAGGAGUUUUUAUUGGUCUGGCCAUUAAAAUAAAUAGAGUAAGAGGGACGUGCUGUAUGUGGAAUGGUCAGUACCAGAGGAAUUAGGAAUCUUCAACAGUCCAGAGGCCAUAUUUCAUGGCAGGGGUUUUGCAGAAAAGUUUCCGUAUUGUGUUGUGGUCUCUCCAAUAUAAUGUAGGUCUUAGUUUGUCUCACCUUGCCUCCCCACCCCACCUAAUUAAUGGUAGCUGAAUGGCUUAUAUUUCUCCAUGGUAUGUGUGAGGAACUAGAAAAUAACAAUGCAAUUUACCUAUUAGGUAAAUUCUUCCAAUUCCUUCACCAAAAUCUUCCAUGUUGGCACAAUUAUUUUAAAUCGUGUUUUGUUUUGUUUUAAAUGGGGGCCAUAUUAUUCCCAUGCAGAAGCCUUUAAGGCUGUCUUUGUGUAAGUGUCUGAAAAUGAAAGGCUGCUCAGCAAAUAAAUUAAAUCAGGCCAGCCAACUUCUGCUUAAUAAGAUAACCCUGGAAAUUAUAUUCAGUUCCUAACCUUUCCAGUUCUUUCCAAGGUUUAAUGUACUUACGUUGCAAGUAUAAACACAUCAUUUACUAUAAUUCUCAACUUCAAGUCUGGGUUCAGGUAGGGACAUGGCACCAAGAUACCCCUUUUAAAGAUUUAUAACAACGUUUUGCUACUAAGAUGAGUCUGGGGGCAGAUCCUCAGCUGUUGUAAAUUGUUACUGCUCCAUUGAACAGUGCUAGGACAAUUGACAUCAGCUGAGGAUCUGCCCCCAACACAGUGCUAUAUUUGUUUUCAGCACCAUUGACCCUGGUGACCCUAUUUUGGAAUAGUUAGGGCAGAUAGUGAGGCUGUGUUUCUACUCGGUCUAACUUCAAAUAAUCUUUUACAGCCUUAGUUACACAUGCUAGUCGGAUCAAUAAAUUUCUGGCUUGGAAUCCCUGCUUUUCAUUCUUCAUCCAGUUCUCUCCUGCUUCAAGGUGCUAUGAGUUAAGCUUAUCUAGACAGAACAAUACUGUGAUUUGUGUCCAUCCAAAAUGAUCCAACAGGACUUGAAUUUCCUAUUUCAGUGAAUGAAUGGCUUGGGAACAAUCUAUGGCCAAGAAUUGUCUGUAGAAAUUGAUUAGUGCAUAGUUUUGAUUAGUGAAUACAUUUGUGAAAACUGUAAACUGCCCCUGGAGAAUUCAUCAAUAGAAUUAAAGAGGCUAAAUGAAUAAACUGCGAUAGGGUAAGCUCUCAGCUCUUCACCUCUUUCCAUAUUUUGGCUCGUCAUAAUGGAGGGGAUGGUGGAAUUGUCUAACUCCGCCUCCCUGAUUCUCUCCAGGGUGAAUAUUGUGUGACUACUUCCAGGAGGGUGUUGAGCCUUUUAAGGCAUUUGAUGCCCUUAUCAUUGGUGUUAGUUAAUUUGCCAGAUUGUGCCUUGCACUGGUGCAAUCUAAGGUAGUUGAACUUUAAAGCCUGGAUCAUCUCUGACCAAGAUACUCGAGCGCAUUUGUAAAAUGGAUUCACUUUUCCCUUAUGCUCAGUUGUGGCAAUUAAGAUCUGCUAGGCUGCUCUAAAUAUUGGCUCCCUAAAGUGUAUUGUCCAGACACAGCAACAGGUCGCUGGGGACCCUCACCUCUGGCAUCUGCUUCUUCUGGUGGCAUGAGAGAGCCAGAAUGUGACCAUGCUCAGAGCCAGGCAUAGAGCACACCAGUAUACUUGGGCUUUGCAGUGGCUCCAUUAUGACAGAAACAUCUGUUUGUUUUUCACUGUUCAUUGGAAAGACCAAUAUUUCCUUUUCUCUGCCCCUCCUUCCCCCCACCAGGGAUUUUGAUGACCCUGAUGUCAUUCAUAGCAAUGGUCACAGUGUAAGAAAACCACUCAGCAUUUCACAGCUGAUGGUUAGUUAUCAUUAAGAAAUGCAACUAUUGAAUUCUCAGCCAUCAUUCUGCUACAUCCUGUGCAUGAUUCCUUUUGCAUGCUUGCUUCCCACUCUACGUACAGUAGCUCAUUUUGUGUGCCGGUGAGGCUGCUGCAAAGAUGUGCAUGGAACCUUAACAAAAAUGAAUGAUAUUGCAUUAGAGAUAUACGUUCUCUAAUGGUCAGGAACAGCUUCUCAUGAGCGGGAACCAGUUUUGCCUGGUGGCUCUUUAAGCAUGCUAGCAUUUUCAGUCAGAGUUCUGUAUUGAUGUGCUGAACACCACUGCAUAUAAGAACACAGAAAUUUUAAUCACAGCUUCUCCAAAUGGAUUUCUUUGUUCUUUCUAAUUCCAAUGGUUUCAGCCUUUUGGCCAUCUUUUCCUGGAAGAACGAAGACACAAACUGAGGAGGGUAGUUACAAAGAACCUAGGAAGUAAGAAGGAAGUCCAUGUACAAAGGCUGUACGGUUUCAUUUUGUACCCAGAGUGGUGUACAGGCAAUAGAAUGAAAGCCACUCAGUGAGUGAAUAAUUGACAAUCAGUGUGAUUUCUGUGUGAAAGCGUUGGCAUACGAUUUAUUGGAAACCUUUUCUCGCUAAUAAAAGACAUCCUCAUCUAUUGGAUGGUACUAACAAGGAAUAAUGGAAUUGGAUAUUGCUUGAUGUUAUAUAAUGAUCAAUGGUGGGAUGAUAUGUUAAUGAGAGCGCUUGGGAGCAGUUCUCCUUGUACAAAUUGUUUCUUUAUCCAGUUAGUGGAAAAGCGUCGUCUCUUGUUCAGAUUUUGUACGUACUUGUUUGUAUCCCCCCAAAGCCCAUUGGAGUAAAUGAGAUUUUCCACUGA